CAGUCAUGAGACACGUUGUUUCCAGCUAUACAAUCACGACUUGACGGUUAGAAGAGUCUUUGAGGAUUAUACUUCAGAACAGCAGCAAGUCUUUGUUCAGCAGCUGUCUCCAUUUUCCAAACAUAGCCGGGUAUUAUUUUCAGAGAAACAGAUGCUUUGCUUUGUGCACAAACUGCAGCUAUCCUCCUUGUACAUUACCUUGGAAGGAUAUAUAUAUAUUAAAAAAAAAACAUUAAUUAAAUAUCUAUUUGCUCACUUUAGUUCUCCAUCCUUUCUUCUCAUUUGUGUCUGAUGUUGUUCCCUGCAACCCAUUCUGGGAACUGAAAGGAAAGCAAGCUAAAGAAGUAGUCAAUCAUACAAUUUUAUUCUGCUUUAGAACUUAUAUCUGCCACGACCUAGGUUUAUAUGCGCGCCCUUUUGCCAUUCUAUAGUCUUUUUUAUUAUUCCGUAUUUUGGUUGGAAGGAAAUACAAGCAGGAGACAAAAAGGAGGGGUGGGGAGGCUCCUGGAGAGUUUUUACACAGUGGGUAAUUAAGCUUUUUGACUGACAACAGAGUGCCAAAAGGCGCAGACGCACUCCGAUUGGCCGGAGCGCACUUUACAAUCUCCUCUUGUUUCCAAGCUCCGCACAGGCAGAGCACUUUACCUCCCUAAACUCUCAUAGCAGCCAGACGCACUAGAAGAGCGCGACGAGGCUGCAGCCAAAGGAAACUGUCUGUGGACUUUACCCGAACCAGAAUCUCUACAUCUACAAUUUUCUACAUUUGCUUCUUCUUAUUACUUUGUUUUCUUUUUUUUUUGUUUGUUUGUUUGUUUUUAUGCAGUGAGUAUUGAAUCGUCUGUCUGAGCUACAGUCAUCUUACUGCUGCAGAAAGAAAACAUGAGAUCUGCUUCUGAGUCCUUCUGGAGGAUGAUCCGGCUAGCGGUGACAGUGGCACUCAUGUCGGCGUGCAGGGCGUCAGAAUAUGAGUAUCUUAGCUGGAAGUCGGACGUGUACAACGGCGGGCGCAGCUACGGCAAGCCUCCCCAGUGCGUGGACAUCCCGGACGAUCUGCGGCUGUGUCACAACGUGGGCUAUAACCAGAUGCUGCUGCCCAACCUGCUGGAACACGAAACCAUGGCCGAGGUGAAGCAGCAGGCUAGCAGCUGGGUGCCCCUGGUGCACAAAAACUGCCACCCGGGCACGCAGGUCUUCCUCUGUUCGCUCUUUGCCCCCGUGUGCCUUGAGCGGCCCAUUUACCCGUGCCGCUGGUUGUGCGAGGCCGUGCGGGACGGCUGCACCCCCAUCAUGGAAGCGUUCGGCUUCCCCUGGCCGGAGAUGCUCACCUGUGACAAGUUUCCCCAGGACGAUGUGUGCAUUGCCAUGACGCAGCCCAAUGCGACCGAGGCCACCAAGCCCACAGGUUAUCCUUCCAUCUGCCCUCCAUGUGACAAUGAAAUGAAAACAGACGCUAUACUGGAGCAUAUGUGUGCCAGUGAGUUUGCUUUCAGGACUAAGAUCAAGGAGGUGAGGCGAGAAAACAUGGACCGCAAGGUGAUCCUGCAGAAGAGGAAGAAGAUGUUGAAAGUAGGGAACCUGAAGAAAAAGGACAUUAAGACACUGGUGUUGUACUUGAAGAACGGUGCGGACUGCCCCUGCCAGCAGUUAGACAACCUGGGAAACCAAUAUCUAAUCAUGGGCCGCAAGGUGGAUAAGCAGUACCUCCUCACGGGCAUCCACAAGUGGGACAAAUCCAGCAAAGAGUUCAAGAAGGCCAUGAAGAAACUCAAGACCCACAAAUGUCCCGCCUUCGAGAACGUCUUCAAAUAAUGUGACCGCCACCCCACCUUAUUUGAUCGCAUCUCAUCUUACAUAUGAACUUGCACAGUCAUCAAAAUCCCAAACUCUGCUUUCUAUUGUCAUGUUUAUAUAUCUAUAUAUCUUUGUAUAUUGACAGAUAUACUUUGAAAUGUCCAUUGCUAAGUUUUGUUGAAUGUGGUGAGCGAUGACACCACAAAGAAAGGUUGGGUUUCCUUUUUCUCUGCUAAAGAAGAGGACAUUGUAGUAAAAGCCCUUCCUCACUGAAAUCAUUUCCACUAUAUGUAUGUAGAUACUUUGUUACACUCUUUCAUUCAAAUGGUCAGUGGGUUUUGUUUAAAGGAACAGUUGGAGAUUUUGGGACACAUUAUUAUUGAGAGUUAGAUGAGGAGCUUGAUACCAUUCUUAAGUGUAAUGAUGUCGAUCUAAGAAAAUGUUCUUUUUCUAUUCUUUUAAAUUUCUCUCAUUCUGAUCACAUAAUAAUUAGUCAUAUAAUCAAUGAUUGGACUACAGGACUGGCAGUUGCAGGUAUUUUGAGCUUUAAAAGCCACACUGUACAGUGCAGCUCCAAAUAGGGUUCCUGUUGAAUAACUUAUUAAAAGAAGCAUGAGAGAGUUCUGCCAUCAGCUGAUUGUUGUGUGAAAUUAAAGACUGCACUACCAAUAAUUUUGAUCAUUUUCUUUCAUUUCCUCUUUUUAUUGUUACAUUUCUUUUUGUUACUUGAAAUAUCUUUCUUCAUUCUUCAUCAUAAGAUAAUGUGUAGGCUUGUCUGACUAAUUUCUUGUGAUGUUGUUGUGCAUUAUCUCCAGACAUUUGGCUAAAGAUUUGUACCACUUUCUUGUUGCUACAUCUGGUCUAACUGCUUGUUCAGUACUCAUCAUUAAUGGAAAAGCGUCGUUGUCACACAUGUUUAAAAGUGCAAAUAUUGCCAACCCUUGAUUUGUUUUGCUCAAGUGUCGCUGGUCCAUUUUAGCACUAUUUUGUUUUAGAUUUGAAUGUCAGCGAUGCAUAGUUGCCUAUUACAUGUACAUACAAAUUUUACAUAAAUAUGGAAAACUGAA